GGCAAAUUUGUAUACAUUUCUAUUACGUGCGGAAAUUGGUAACUGAUUUAGUUACCAAUUCGCGCACGUAAUACAAAAGUAUUCAAAUUUGCCAACUUUGAAGGGCUAUAUUUUCCGUAUUUUACAACAUUUCGCAACCAAACUUUGUAAUAUUACUAAUUCCAAGACGCUCUUUCUAGCUGUGGUGAUAGAUUUCGUUGUUCUUACUUAGAUUAAAAUUUAGUCUAAAGCGCAAGUCGUCCAUUAGUAAAGGUGGAGUAAUAAGAGAACAAAAUUGCAACAAAAUCUGAUUUCUACGCAUGUUAAUUGAAAAUAUUUUCACAUAAAUUACAAUUCGCGAGGCAACGCGUGUCAACAUUUCUGCUUAACAUGCGUUGAAAUCAGAUUUUGUUGCAAGUUGCAGCAAUUUUGUUGCUCGUAUUACUCCAGCUUAAUGUUUGCAUUUGACUUCCACUACCCCUCCCGCUACCAUAGCACCGCUACCAUUGAGGGGCCACUAACCGUCAGACGCGUUUAAUCUAUCCUAUUCACGAAUCACAUGCGCACUUAAUCAGUGCAUAGUGUCAGUGAAAGUUAACGGUAGUGGAACUCAAAUCUAAACCUCACUAAUUCUAGUCCGCUAUUCAAGAUUCAGAGAUGGGCUGUUGGUAAGAUGACUUGGUUCGGUGGGUUGGGGCGAAAUACGCAGGGGCCACGAUUGUCAAAAGGGUUCAGAAAAGUUUAAUAGAGUCAGCUGCAAAGUAUAUAUAGCUUGUAAAUUAUUCAUAUGGGUCUUAAAUGAAGCCCAUCUCCUUGGUUACUACCAAUUGACCAUAAAGGCCUCCAAAACACUGCACAUUGUUUAGCCCCCUUCUCUUUAAAUGUUAAGUGAGGAUGGACAAGACAAAGCUGAGAGGUCAAAAUGUUUGCUUGGAUCCACCGAAUAACUUUUAUAAUAUUAGUGAACAAUGAACUAUCGUGCUUCCUAUUCAAUGCAUUCGAUCGAAAUUGCUGCUUAAGGAGACAAAAAUGCGAAUAUUUUAUUGUCACAGUUAUGUUUUAACUCUCCCUAUUGAUUUCCAACGCGCAUGCUGACAAUGACAGGCAAUCUCGGAGUGCCAGUCUUCAUGCAACCUCAAGUAAGCAUAUCACACGUACUAUGGCAAUGAACCCCACUUUUCAAUGCAAAAUUUGCCAGUUACUACUCUAAACAUAGUUUCUUUUGUAUACCAUUUGUUCAUUUCAUACUAUGUAAUUUAACAGGGUACGACAAGCUAAAGCCAUACGGCUUUCCCAUUCAUGGUGCUGUUGACGGAUAUAGUCGUAGGAUUCUAUGGCUGGAAGUCUCCCGAUCUAACAAUAAUCCCAAAGUAGCAGCAACGUUCUAUCUAAAUCAAGUUAAGGAGAUGAAUGGGUGUCCUUUACAACUUAUAUCUGACUGUGGUACAGAAAAUGGCAUUGCUGCUUCUAUGCAGUGUUUCUUUCGUCAAAACGGCAAUGAUGAGCUAGCAGGUGACAGGUCCCAUAAGUAUAGCUCUUCCCCUUCCAACCAACGUAUAGAAGCAUGGUGGUCCUAUUUUAGGAGACACAGAUCGAACUGGUGGAUAAACCUAUUCAAAGACAUGAUUGACUACGAUAUGCUUGAUUUGGGCAACGAAUUUCAUGUUGAAUGUUUGUGGUUUUGCUUUUCAAAGGUUCUGCAGAAUGAUUUGGACAAAGUCAAAGAACAUUGGAACAGCCACAAAAUUACCAAAUCCCCAUACAGUAUUGUUCAUGGAGUGCCAGAUAUUAUGUAUUUCCUGCCAGAAUACCAUGGAAAUGAUGAAUGUUUGGUAGAUGUGUCGCAGGAACAGAUAGAUUCAAUGGAGGAGCAUUGCGAGAUACAGGAAUUAGGCGAGAACAUACAUCAUGAAUAUUUUGUUUAUGUGUUGGAAACAGAAGGUUUAUCUUAUCCAAUAAAUGAAGGAGAAGCCAUGACACUAUAUCAAAGAUUAGUGCAAUUACAAAACGAGUAAUAAAUGAAUUGGACAAGCAGUUUUUAUCAAGAAUUAAUUGUAACAGAACAUCAAUAAAGUAAAUUUUAUUAAAUCAACAACUCAACAAUAAACCCAAUGAUUUUACAAUUGACGACCAACGUCUGCGCAAACGUCAACAUUGACGGUUAUUGGCAUUAUCCGCGUGUGUCUUCUUGUAGAACUGAGAACAAAUGACUACAUGUUUUGCGCACUAGAAAUAAUUACAGCCAGCGAUUUAAAAAAAGUAGCAUUUUGAAAUUACCUAUGUACGUUUACCGCCAUUUAAGUUCUCACGCAUGCGCAGACGCAGGUAUUUCGACAAUUUUCUAUUAGCCCAAAUUGAGACCCGGUUUACACUAUACCGGAUUGCUAUCGGAGUGGGUCAAAUUUUGUAGGUAUCGAAAGGUUGUGAAUAUUUUAAUUUAAUCUCAGAGACACAAAUAAACAUGCCUGCCAAUUCUGUCAAACUAAUAAGCAUUCGCCACUAACUAUUGCUCCGUAACGGCAAAAGAAGAUGUCGUGACCAGCGAAUCCGGUAUAGUGUAAACAGGGCCUGAAAGUAUAGUAAAAUAUAAAGGCCCGUGCUCAAGAACUGUUCAUUUCAUUGUCAGUUGUUGUGAAGCAGACAUGCCGAGUAUCGGACAAAAUAUGAAUAUAAACAUAAUGAAAAUCGUAACAAAAUUAUGUCCGCAUUAUAUAUUUGACAUUAUAUAUAUGCUGUUAAUAACACAAGCUUUUUCGUGAAAGGACUGUUUAGCAUUUCUUAACCUAACCGCUUUCAUCACACUAUAUUAAAGUGCCAUGCAUCUUUAUUAGAAAGCAACUCACUAAAUUCUUCUGAGAGCUCGUUAUACGAUUGGUAAGUUGAAGGAAUUUCCAGCAAUGGCCCACAUGUAUGUGCCACAGGUCUACGUGUUUUCCCAUCCAGCACACUAAACGUUACUUCGAUGUGUGGAAAACAUAUGACAUCACUACCAGUGACAAACUGUAAAAAUAGGGGUAAAAAAUUUCCCUGCAAUGACCGAAUAUACUUUUUCAAGUGAUCUAAGCACAGUCGUUCCUUAUCUGACGCUGGCUCCGACUGAAUUAAUUUUAAAACCUUUUUAGUGGUUGGCCUCUUGGCGUCAUACAUAUGUUGCACAUCUUUGACGGACUGAAAAUCUGGAAGAAUUUUCAAGGAUUUAACAAUAGGGGCCCAGCAAUUUAAUAUGUACCUCGGUUUUUGAAUGAUCUCUUGAUGAGCAAUUUCGAAAAUAAUCUGGCGUAUAUUUUCUUUCGAGUGAUUUCGAAAACACUUAUAGUAACUCAAAAAAUCCUUCACGUCGUCAUCAUUUGGGUCAAAAUCGUCUUCGAAACAUUUAUCGAAGGUGUCUCUCUCGUCAUCUGAGAGAUGCUGGCGGAAACAUGACAGCAAAAAUUCACUAGAAACACUAUCGUCACCAAACAAGCACACAAUGAGGAAACCUAGUGACAGUGACAAUGGAAAAUACCUGUUCCUUAUAUACCCAUAUACUAAUAUACGAGCAAUGGCCUCCCAUUCCUCCUUCUGACAGUCAUGCCUUAUAGAAGGAAUCUUUUCUUGUGCUCCAACAGCCAAGGAGUUGAAAAACUGGUUCCAGAAUGUUGAGAGUGCAUCACGGAAGACACCUUCCCCUUUUCCUUCUUCCAUCUUUCCAUUAUAGCCAAUAAACGUCACAUCUAAGUUCAUGUGAAAUAUUCCCUGCUCUUUAAAUGUUGCUAUCAUGUCAUUUUUCAGUAGUGUCCUGUGCCAAACGACAGAAUAAAUUGGACACUCUUUUACGUUCGAAGUAACGUCAAUAAACGAAUAGCCGUCUCCAUUUGUGCCUGUGAAAACAAAACCAUUUACGGGAAAUGAAUUAUAAAUUACGCCAUAUUUUCAUACCG